AUCAACACACUUAUUCACUCCUUAUAAUCCCCUUCUUUACUUUCAGCUACAUCCAAUUCAACCCUUGAAUUCUCUCCCUUUCAUUGACACUUGAAGCGUGAUUCUAUCUACUAGUUCAAUUUCAAAGCAUACCUCAUUUUGUGUGGGUAGAGAUGAGUGCAGACUGGGGUCCAGUUGUGGUGGCGGUGGCGUUGUUCAUUCUCCUCUCGCCGGGGCUGCUUUUUCAGUUGCCGGCGAGAAUCAGGGUGGUGGAGUUUGGGAAUAUGAACACCAGUGGGAUUGCCAUUUUGGUACAUGCCAUCAUAUUCUUCUGCAUACUUACCAUAUUGAUCAUUGCAAUUGGUAUUCACAUACACGUUUAGCAAUUUCAUCAUUUGCUUUGGCUAUACCUUCAGCAAAUGAAUUGCUUGAUCCUUUUUUUUUUCUCCAUUUUCACUAGGAUUUUAGCAUACUUCUGCCUAUAUUUUCUUCCAUUUCUUGUUUUCUUCUUCCCUUUCAACAAUAACUUACUAUGUUGUGAUCUGUCUAAAUGUAAACUAUAAUUUCCAUUCUUUUUGGGGGUUAAUAAGAAAGGUAAAGUUCUGUAAACACUCAUAUCUCGAGCAAAGUUCUCAAUUUUCUUACCAAUUGAUAAUAAUAUACUUAUUGUAACUUGCUUUCAUUAUGAAACAAA